CCAGUCGUGUUUACUGAAGUGGAGUCCGACAGAAAUGUUUAUCGAUCCCGAGAGAAAUGACGGGGCUGGUCAAAGGUCCGAGCAGAGGACCUCCAUUACCGGUCUUCCCCAGUUCUCAUGACCUGCGGUCAGACGGAGGAAAACAAGCAGCAGCGCACAAGGAGAAGGACCUUUGAGCGCACAGCAUCUUCGAAGGAAUGAAAUAUGGACCACGGGGCUUCUAGAUGUCAGGGGAUUCUCGUUAUCCUCUUAGAGAAGAGAUCCUUGUACUUCUGCUGAGGCUGCGCUUGCAUGCACAGCCUGCAUGGAACGGCGUCGGGGAGAGGGAGACAGGUUGCGCUGAGACAGACGCGGAGCGGAGAGGCCUACCGCCGGUCGGUGGCGGACGGGGGCGGGAGGUGAUGGCAGCACCGGUGAGGGACCUCCAGAGGAACGAUUCUGUGCCGCCCCCGACCCUGAGCCCAGCCGUGCCCCCCUACGUGAAGCUGGGCCUGACCAUCGCCUACACCGUCUUCUACUCCCUGCUUUUCGUCUUUGUGUACGUCCAGCUCUGGCUCGUCCUCCACUACAGGCACAAGCGUUUCAGCUACCAGACUGUCUUCCUGUUCCUCUGCCUGCUCUGGGCAGCACUGCGGACCGUGCUCUUCUCCUUCUACUUCAGGAACUUCGUCACGGCCAACUCGCUCGGUCCCUUCGCUUUCUGGCUCCUCUACUGCUUCCCAGUGUGCCUGCAGUUCUUCACCCUCAGCCUGAUGAACCUCUAUUUCGCCCAGGUUGUUUUCAAGGCUAAAUCCAAGUAUGCACCAGAACUUCUGAAGUACAGGUUACCUCUGUACCUGACCUUCCUGUCCAUCAGCCUGCUGUUUCUGGUGGUGAACCUGACCUGCGCGCUGCUGGUGAAAAUGUCCAGUGCCGAUGUCAAAAUAAUCGUCCUGGUUCGAGUGGCCAUCAAUGACACGCUGUUUGUCCUCUGCGCCGUGUCCCUCUCUCUGUGCCUCUACAAAAUAGCCAAGAUGUCCUUAGCAAACAUCUACCUGGAGUCUAAAGGAACAUCAGUAUGCCAGGUGACAAUAAUAGGAGUGACCGUCAUUCUCCUUUACACCUCCCGGGCCUGUUACAACCUGGUGGUGCUGGUUCUCGCCAAUUACAAGAACAUCAAUUCCUUCGACUAUGACUGGUACAACGUAUCGGAUCAGGCGGACCUGAAGACCAUGCUGGGGGACGCAGGCUACAUCGUAUUUGGGGUCAUCCUCUUCGUGUGGGAGCUGCUCCCCACAUCGCUGGUGGUCUUCUUCUUCAGGGUCCGCAGGCCGGCGCAGGACGGGGGCGGAUCCCGGAUCCCCAGCCACGCAUUCUCCUCCAGGGCCUAUUUCUUCGACAACCCCCGGCGCUACGACAGCGACGACGACCUGGCUUGGAACAUCAUCCCGCAGAACGUCCAGGCCAGCCUGACGGCGGAGUGCUACGACUGGGGCAGCCGGAGCAGCGGGUUUGUGGCCUACAUCGGGACAGAGAGCCCGGACUCCCUCCCGACUCAAGAGGAGCUGAACCCUUACUGACAGACACUUCCUGCACCGCGCAUUUGCACAGGGACCUACGGAUGAUGUUGGAAGACGGGGGGCUUCACCGGCUCUGCGAACUGUAGGACAUGCGGCCUUUUACAUUCAUUGUAAAUAGUUAUUACUUUUAUAUAUUAAAAAAAAAGAUGUGUUUUGUUGUUCGGGACCUUCUAAAAUUUAGCUUUGCUGCUCACAAAUGUUUUCAACUUGGUUUAUUUCACUAGGCAACCCUGAAACCAAGACUAGCUGUCCUUCAGUCUCGAGAUCAGUGCUGAUGGGACUGACAUUCAUCUUUUUUGUCUCCCAUCUCUCUCACAACGUCUCAGCAGUUCUUCACAAACUGCUGGGUAUGACAGAAAUACAGCAGACGCUGGGGCGUGAUCAACAAUAUGAUAGGCAGCCAGACAGCUUUGAUAACUAGAAUAUGCUGCACUGCAUAGAAUGAAUAAAAAUGAACAAGUAACAGGUUUAUUCCAUGUUGAAAAAAAGAAGAGAGAAAACACGUUUCGGCCGGGGAGCCUUCUUCAGCUGUGCAAAAUAUUCAUUAUAUGAAUAUAUAUUAUUCAUAUAAUGAAUAAUACAGCUGACAAGAAUCCACAUUUAAUAAGAGUCACUGGUCAAGGGCCACUUUUUCAGUCAGGACUGACGAGACCACAAACAAGGAAUCCAAAAAAAACCAAAAGGAACAAUUUCGCUUUCAGAUGAAGGAAACCUUUUCAAAUGUGAACAAAACCGAGACCUGCCAACUGCUGCGAACACACAACCCCCACUGUCUGUCACUGGGGUAUCUGAGCAUGCACAGGGUUUGAAUGGCUUGUCAACUCCAGGGGACCGCUGGAGAAAACACCCUCCUUCUGUAAAAUUGGAAUAAGAUCAGAAGGUUAAGAAAGCGGGGCUGCUGUGGCUUGGCAUUGGGAGGCAGGUUUUGCAAUUCCAGAAUAAUUCUGCACAUUUUACACAGCAAACAGAUGCUUUUGUUUUGGGGACGGUAUAAUAUUUUAGAAAAACUAACCUACAAUGUGCCACAGUGCAACCCCACUUAUCAGUAAUACUGUGACUUACUAGAUAAACAUGAUGAUGAUGAUGUAAUAACUAGAGUGUGCUCUUAUGCAUUUCAUAUAUACAGAGACAGUAAAAAGUGCAAAAAAGGUUUUGGGCCAAAUAGCACCAGUUGUGUUUGUAAUGCUUUUUUAUUGAGGAUUCAGUUCUUUAGACAGAUGAAACCUUAUCGGAGUAUUAGCUCUCAAUGGCCGAGCCAGAGCUAAGGCAAGGCUUUAAAAGCAGUGCAGAGAUGGCUGGUCAACAUUCUGAAGAUUUCAUUUUCAGCCUUGAUUCUUUGUUAUUACACAACUGCAGAGCUGUUGAAGGUAGUGCAUCAGUCGAACUGGAAUUGCAGUGCUGGCCCAACUGCAAACAUCACUAAGUCUGAGUACUUAAAAGCCUAUUAAAACAGCCUGCACUUAUUUGUCAGAGAGCAACACUAAUCCUGAUGUUUUGUACAAAGCUUCACUCAACAUUGGAGAGAUAGAGUAGCUCAAUCAGACAUGUACCUGCAGGAACAUAGAUGGGAAAGGUACACUUUAUUUAUUUUAUCCAAGACCAGUGCUAUUUAUGGGGCACAGAUAUAUUUUAUGCAUGUUUCAUUUUCCCGAUAUAGAAAGGUUUUAGAUUUUAUUUUUUAUAUAUGCAUAAUUAUUUUAAUUUCACAUUUCGGCUCUACAGCUUUCCUAUCUCUGUAUGAUUCGUGGUCCAUUCUGAACUAGAGACGCAAAUAAAGAGCACGUUGUACAAAAUA